CAAACCCCUUUAAACAAUCGCGCUCUUCAAUUUUCCCAGAAAAUUAAUCCAACAUUUUCUAGGUAGCCAAACACUCCCACCAUGAACAAAUCCGCCCUAGUCGCCGCCUCCGUCGCCGCCGCGUCGGCCACCGCCACUUCCUUUUCCUCCUCCGCAAAGCUCUCUCUUCAGGAUGGUGGGGCUCAGAGAAGCCACGGCGGAUCCUCGCCGGUUGCGAACUCGGCGUCGACGGAGAAGUUCGCGCCACGGUUCGACGGGUUGCGGUUCAUUGAAACGCUGAUUACUGCGCACAGAUGAACGCGCGUUGUUGAAACGCGCUUUUGGGGGGUUUUUUUUUUUGCACUUCAUCUUUUUUGAUCUCGCACUGUCUAGAAAGUUAAGGGAAAAAAACGUCGGAAAUGUUUUAAUUUUUUUUUAAUGUUUUGCCAUUUGGAUUUUUGGGUUGAGGAAUUGAUAGAAAAAUUGUAACAUUACGGGAUUGUCACUGUUAUUUGUUGUCAAGCUAGUUUUUUUUGACUCGUGUUGUUGGUCGUGACUAUUUCUCUGUGUAAUCUAUAAGCGGCAUAUGAAAAAAAAAACGCUUAAAUUGAUUUAUUUUUUCUUU